AUGAGUGACAACUGUUCCUUUGAGGAAGUGGAUAAGCUGAUGCGUUCACUGGAGUUGGUAAUAUAUGUGCCUACCUUUGUUUUUGGGAUGGUGCUGAACACCAUGGCUCUGGUGGUCUUUUGCAUCCUGUUACGAAAGUGGACAGAGUCAACCAUCUACAUGACGAACUUGGCUUUGAUGGAUCUUCUCCUUCUCAUGCUGUUGCCCUUUAAGAUGCACGCCACAAACACCUGCUGGUCUCCCGGCAUGAAGCCCUUCUGCUCCUUUUUGGAGAACAUGUAUUUCGUCGGCAUGUACGGAAGCAUCUACACCAUUGUCUGCAUAGCUAUAGAUCGUUACAUAGCCAUCCGACAUCCGUUUCGCGCCCGGGAGCUGCGAUCCAAAAAGAUCUCCCUAUGCGUGUGUUUGGCCAUAUGGGGAAUCGUCCUCUUGGCAACCUCACCUACUUACACGUUUGGAGAAAAGAGACUCAAAGAGUUUCACUGUUUCCAUGAGUUUUCCAAGAAGGGCUGGCACCCAGCUCUUAUCGUGUCCGUGGAGCUGUGUGGAUUCCUCCUUCCAGCCACUGUGCUGGUGGUCUGUUCUUGUCUGAGCAUACAUGGUCUUCGGGAAUCUGAGAGUGGCAGUCGAGACACCCAGGCCGGCGUGAGGAUCAUAUUCAGCAGCCUGUGUGCCUUUCUGGUGCCUUUUACGCCAUGCCACGUGGGCAUCUUCCUGCAGUUUCUUGUCCGUAAUGAGGUCAUCACCGACUGCGAACACAAAAAAAAAAUUUCUUUAUUCGUACAGCUUGCAAUGUGUCUGGCUAACAUCACCUGCUGCCUUGACGCUCUCUGUUACUAUUUCAUUGCCAAAGAGGUUCGGUCCACCAAACCUCAAAGACUGUCUAUCAGCGUGAGAAAAAACACCAGCACUUCCGAGACAUAA